AAUUCGACUCCUCAUCACCAAGAACGUAAACAAAGUGGCCACUGUGACACCACCGUGAUAUCUCCUCCCAGCGGCGCCGCCUGGUGUACAUGUUUGUGUUUAUAUUUGCCUUGGUGCAUCCUCCCUUGGCCUGCCCUAACCCUCCUCCCUGCAGCCAGAGCACAACACCCAGCUGACCUGCACCACAUGGGCUGACCGCUGACCACCCGUCCCUCCGCCACCUGCCGUGUCCUGCGGGAACGAUUGAUAAGAGGAAGUGAAGAUGAUGUGCACAGAAGGAGGAGGAGGAGGAGGAGGAGGAGGUAGUGAUAGUCCACCAAGGAAGGUUCUCAGACUGGAGGCAUCGGAGGUGGAAGAAGACGAGAGGGAAGAGAGAGGAAGUGGAGAAGAUGAAAGAGCACCUCAAGAUAAUUGCUGGGACUGGCCUGCAGGUGGCAGUGGUGGUGGCAGGGCGUCAGGCGGCAAUGAGGUGCUGGCAGACUCAGGGUAUGAAGGCUUCCAGCUGCUGGACGAGGUGCAUGGUGGUGAUGACAAUGAUGACCAGGAUGGCCACGACUCAGAGGAGGACUACGACUCGGAGGUCCCUGAGGAGGAGAUCGACGCCCUUCUGGAGGAGGGGCUGCCAGAGGAGAUGAAGGGGCCACGGAAGAGGAGGAGAGAGGCACUGCUUGGAGAGGGGGAGGAGGCACCCUAUGAUGAGAGGCAGAAGAUUGUGCUUGUGGAAAAGGGCAGCAAUCACUUUGAGGUGCUGCCAGAGGGGUGGGUGCAGGUGACUCACAACAGCGGCAUGCCCGUCUACCUUCACAAGCAGUCCAGGGUGUGCACCAUGUCCAAACCAUACUUCCUUGGACAGGCCAGCGUCAGGAAACAUGACAUCCCUCUGAGUGCCAUCCCAUGCCUCCAGUAUCUCAAGGCCCUGGAUUUUGAGCAGUCUGGGAGGGAGGAGGACAAGGAGAACACCAUGCAGGAGAAUGGAAAGGCAGGAGAGACUGAGCAGAGUACUGGAGAACCCACCACUACCACCACCACCACCACUACCACAGCAGCACCACCAGAGCCAGCACCACCACCUCCACCAGCGCCCCCCACAGGAGCAGCAGUAGUGGAGAAUGGGGUGGACAGUGGCAGGACGUGUGGUGGUGGCGCUGUUGGGCGGAGCGGUGGCAGCAGCAGUUCCCUGGCAGCAGCACUGGCACUUACCACCACAAAGGAAGGAGCAGCGCCGCCCUCCAGUCUGAUGGUGGGCAAUGCAAAGAUAGAGACAGCUGUGGAGAACCUGCAGCAACAGUCCCUGGAGGCCGGGGAGCUGCGGGACUACUGUGAGAGGCGCUUCCUGUUCAAGACCAUCAAGAUUAUUAGGUUCAAGUCAUGGGCAGAGAGACGGCGGUUUCAGAAGCUGAGCAAGAAGAAGGACCGGCCGCAACUCCCUGAAGGCACUAAGCUCAUCUCCCUCCGCAGGCAAGAGGAGGAUGGCUCAUGCACGGCCAGCAGCAAGAAGGAGUGGAUCAUGAACCCAAAAGGCAAGAGCUACGUGUGCAUCCUUCAUGAAUACGUCCAGCACGCCCUCAAGAAGCAGCCCAAAUAUGUGUUUAAGGAAGUGGAAAACGCAGCCACGCCGUAUGCCGCCACCAUCAUCAUCAACGAGCUUCAGUACAGCACAGGGUACGGCAGCAGCAAGAAGCAGGCCAAGACAGAGGCAGCCAAGGCCACUCUAGAGAUCCUUUUGCCUGAACUUGGAGAGAAGAUCAGAGAGGAAUCCAACACUAAGGAUGAUGCAGAUCUCUCAUUCUUUGACGAGAUCCGCAUUGAGGACCCGCGCGUACCGGAGCUGUGCAACAAGACCAGCGAACUUUCCCCAUACUCCAUCCUGCUCAACUGUCUGCAGCGCAACUUUGGCCUCAACGGCGCCAACAUUGACUCCCGCCUGGUGACGCAGAAGAACCAGAAGAACGAGUUUGUGAUGAGCGUCGGCAAACACACAGUGCAGGUGCAGUGCAAGAAUAAGAAGGACGGCAAGCAGAGGGCGUCCCAGGCCAUCCUGCAGAAACUACACCCACACAUCAGCAGCUGGGGGUCAUUGCUUCGUCUGUACGGCAACCGGUCCAUGCAGACGAUGAGGGAGAAGAAGGCAGAGGAGCAGGAGAUAACGUUGCUGCAAUCUAAUGCCACGGUGAACCAGCCAAACACUUCUAUCAUCAACAAGCUGAAGGAGGAGAUGCUGAAGCUGCAGGAGAUGAAGAACUCCAUCCAACCCAUCGGAAAGUUCCUGCCGCCAGAGGACGUGGCGCUGCCGUCCGCCUCGGGGAUCGACCUCAACAACGUGGACCUCUAGAGCCUCCAUGGGGCCACACCAGGGGCACCAGUGGGCCACAGAGGGCACAAGGGGGUCAGGUCACCAAUAAGGCAUGGUGGUAGAAGGGUUAGUCAGGGCACCAUGAGGUCAUCACAUCAGCCAAAGUCAAGGUCGCUUGAGGAAUGUGAGGUCAUGAGUUUAUGUUUGUGUAGUGUUUUUUUUAUCUUGUUCAUUUUUGUGUUUUUUUAACAAACUGUUGCAAUAAAUUCUCUCUUAUUUAUGAAAGUGAAAUGAGUGGGGGUCAGUUUGGGAGGGAGGAAAGGGUUAAAGUCACACCAUGAGGUCACAACAUUUUUUAUCAAGUUACCUUGGUAGUGUUCUCUUGUGUGUGUGUGUGUGUGUGUGUGUGUGUGUGUGCACAUGUAGACAAAUAGACUGGUGUAGUAAUGAGCAUAAUGAGUUGCAGAAGAUAUUUUAUCUUAUUCACAUUGAAUUGAUUGUUUAGUUGACUGAUAGAUUUAACGCACCACAACAACGGGAUGGUGUGGUGAGUGGUGGUGUGAAGGGUGAGAUGUGGAGCAGGCCAGGCCACAGUGAGGUGGUCAGCGCCAGAGUGAUGGGCCAGGCCAUGUCCUCACCAGUCCUGUACCAGGGGUGGUGCAGGUGUGUAGGCAUUCCAUGAGGCAAGUUGUGUCAUGUUUGGACGAGGAUGUUCAGAUUAAUUUAAAGUGGAGUGUCUGUUCCCUCGAAGGAGAAUGUUUAGGUUAAUGUAAAAUGGUGUGUCUGUGACCUUUAGUUCUCAGUCUUUUUGUUUUGUUACUUUCUUCAUCACGGCAUAUCGUCUGCUGCCUCCACUUGUGGCAUCACUUUGUUGUUGUGGCUCCCAGGAAUACUGCUUGUAUUCUGGCAGCUCCACAUUACACACCAACAGUUGAUAUUUCUCCCCAUUGUAGGUGAUUGACCCCCAGGUUGGAAAGCCACUUUGUCCCCUAAGAGUAACCACAGGACAAGCCUCAUGUCUUGCAGGUUUAGCGUGAUGCCAAAUGUUAGGUGAUGUUUUAUUGUGAUAUUCUGUGUGAAGUCAUCCUUGUCUUACCUUCCUUCCCUCUCACACCUUCAGAGGAGACUGCCUCAUCAUGCCUGCUGAUAAACUUUUUAAUUAUAUUGAUGAAUUGUUAAGCUAUCAGAGUGGAAUGAGGACACUGCUGAGUUCAUAAUCAUGUGUGCCGGCAUAGAAAUAAGAAUCACCAUAACCAUACUAAAUUAAGAAUGUUUCUUAUCAUUAAUUCUGUUAAAUUAAGAAAAUUUCCUUUCAUUGUUGAUAUUUGACAGCUUACCCCUGUCAAGUUGAGAACAAUUUGUGCCAAGGCAGAAAUAACAUUGUUAUUAUAACAAGAGCCAUCACUGUCAAGAUGGAGACAGCAAGGGAAGGCAACCACAUCAAAUCUCUCAAGAUAGAAAUGUGACACCAGUACAUUGAUAAAAACUGGCACUGUCAAGGUCGUGCCUCUGUGACACGGUGGCUGGUUUAGUUAAGAAUUAUGAGAGAGAGCUACAGAAAAAAGAAAAUGUAUAUUAUACCAAACUCAUUAACAAGAUGUACAAGAAAACACUAACAAAUAAAUUCUGUCUUGGGAAGACUCAUCCACUUCAACUUAACAUGAAUAGAAUCACCUGGUGACACAAAAUGGCACCACAAAGAAAGAAAUCCAAUCAUAAACAUUCAGUGCAUCACCAAUAGAGACAAGUGACACUCCCUCUUUUAAUGGCUGGAUAGGAAGUAACUAUCCCUACCUGGCGAGGAGCUGAAAAUUAGUGGACUGCCUUGAGUCAAAACAAAGACAUGUUAACUUUUCUGUGGAAAUAGGAAGGUUUUAAAACCUUCAAAAUGAAGAGGAGACUUGUUAUAAUUUUAGAAAUAAGAAAAUACCAAGGUAGGAAUACAUGGCACUCAACACACAAAGCAUUAUGGGACAAAUUGAGCGUGAGAAGUAGGAAGCAGACUCUCUUACUGCUCUGUAUCAUGAGAAAUAAAACAGUAGGAAGAAGGAAGGAAGGAAGGAAAGAAUGGAGGAUGACAAAGGAAGUAAGAGAGGAAAGAACAAAGCAAUGAAUUAUCAGUCGUAACACGUGACACUAAGUGGUGCAGACGAAUUGAGUUUCCCCUUGCGUCACUCACUCUUGGGUCACACUAUCCAGUGAACCUUUCCCCUCCACACUCACUCAAAGAACAAUCACUCCAGGUUUUCUAAUGCUACAGUUUUCUAUUCAACAGGUUCUUCUGGUAAUGGGUUUUUGUAACACUGGUUUGUAACACUUGUUGCUGCCAUACUAAACCUCUAAUCUCAGUCUUUGCCACUUUGCUGUCUUGUAUUGAAACUGAGGAUUCUUGUAGAGAGAAUCAGAGGCUGACUGGUCACCUCUGGAAGUCCUGUUGUUGUAUUGAUGACCUUUCUGUUAAUAAAGUGACAAUUUUUUUAA